GAGAUCAAGAAGACCUACGGAGGCUGGCGCUCCAAGGGGCUGAUCAGCGUCAACGAUCCAGGCAACGAGAUCCCGCCCUUCUGCAGCUCGGGAGGUGGCCCUGACACGAGCCCCUACUGGAACAUCAACACCGCCUCCGCGGGCACGGGCGCUGACUCCGGGAAGUACCGGCCCGUCUGCAAGGUGCCGGUCACAGGGCAGGAGGUCCCGGUGACCGAUCCGCCAGUAUUGGGGCCAGUUCGGGAAAAGGCAGUCAUGCUCAACACGCUUGAAUACACCUGCGAGCCCAGGACGGUGAAUUUUGAUCCAAGCUGGCAGCAAGCGCGCACCCUGAAGCUGGCGCUUGUUUGCUGCGACAUUCCAUUCACCCGGGCCGCCGUCGUCAAAAACGGGGCGACUUGCAGCCCAGCAGGCCUGACAUGGGACCUUGCCAAGCGAGCGUGCGAGGACCGCGGCGAACGCCUGUGCAACCGGAACGAGGUCGAUCCCGAUGCGGCACGGGCAAGGAGCUGGAUCUCCGGCCAAUGCUCAUCAAGUCCAG